AUGAGGUUCUUGCUCUACCUUGUUAUGUUCUUUCUCCUUUUAAACGCUUUCGCGACUGAACCAUCUUUGAUCCAAGAUUCAUGCAAGAAAGCUUUAGAUAAAAACUCGGACAUCAACUACGAUUUCUGUGUAAACUCUCUCGAAGAGAAUCCACGGAGCAAAACCGCACGUAGUCUUGACGGAUUGGUCAUGCCAUCGACAAAAAACGCUCUGUCCAAAACAACGAGCAUGAAAGAAACUGUGCAAAAGAUUCUCAAGGAGAACAAAUAUGAAAAGUACAGUGAGAAACCAUUACGCGAUUGCCUCGAGCUUUAUUCUGAUGCUAAGAGAUCCUUAACCGAAGCUUUAAAGUUCGCGAAGUCGCGUGACUACAAAACCGCUAACGUGGAUAUAAGUGCAGCAAUGGGUGUACCAACCAGUUGUGAAAUUGGAUUCAAAGAAAGUAAAAAACCAAUGAAAUCUCCGUUUACAAAAGAUAACGAUGUUUUGUAUCAAAUGAUUUUGAUUCCUUUAGCUUUUACAAAUAUGUUGAAAUGA